AUGAUAAUAGGAUUUUGGAAUGUUAGGGGGUUUAAUAACCCCCAUAAACAGCUGAAAGUGUUUAGAAGAUUGGAUAAUUAUGGUGUGGAUGUUAUUUGUUUGAUGGAGUCUCGUAUCAGGAGGGACAAAGUUGAUAGUUUCUGCUCUGCUAUGUCUGCUGACUGGCAUUAUGCUGAAAAUUAUGACUUAAUUGAUGGUGGUCGACUGUGGAUUUUUUGGAGGAAGCACUUGUCAUUUUCUAUACUGAGAAAACAUGACCAAGCUAUUACUAUUUGGGGGACUGUUGAUGGGCAUACGACAUUUAUUACUGCUAUCUAUGGUAACAAUAGUGGUGCUGCUAGAAGAAGACUUUGGGACCAUUUACAUUCUGUUGGAGAUGAUAUUGGUUCCUCUUCUUGGGUCCUUGGGGGGGACUUCAACAUCAUAGCCAAAGCAGAGGAGAGCUCUGACUUUGAUGUAAUGGGUUUUCAUUGCACCCCAGACAUGAAAGAAUUUCAAGACUGCUUAGAGAGUCUUGAUCUUAUGGAUCAUCCGUUUCUUGGUCCAUUAUUCACGUGGUCAAAUAAACAAGAAGACUCGUUUUUAGUGCGUAAAUUGGAUAGGAUCUUAGUUAACAAUCAGUGGUUGUUUGAUCAUUCAGAAUCUUUUGUUGAAUUUGCUGCUCAGGGCGUUUCAGAUCAUUGUCUCGGGUUACUGUGGACUCGUAAAGGUGGUUUGACCAAGAGGCCUCGGCCUUUUAAAUUUUUUAAUUGUUGGACUGGAUAUGAGCUUUUUUUAGCUACUGUUAGAGACACAUGGCAUGGUUCUUGUGGUGAUAAUGCUAUGAAUUGCAUGUUCCUUAAGCUGAGGAGGCUCAAACCUAUCCUAAAGAACUUCAAUAAGGAGUAUUUCUCUGAUAUCUCGAGUAGGGUUAACAACAAAAGGGUUGAACUAGAGCAGAUCCAGAUUUUCAAUCUGGCUAACCAUGAUCAGAGGAGUAUUGGUGAUGAGAAGAGGAUCCAUGCUGAAUUAAUGGAUUUAGAGCUGGCAGAAUCUGUUUUUUACAAACAAAAGGCAAAAGCACAUUGGCUGAGAGAGGGUGACUUAAAUACCAGGUUUUUUCAUCAAAGGACUCAGGCUAAUAAGAAAAGAAAUACUAUCAGGAUCGUCGUGGGUGAGGAUGGGAUGAGACAUGAUUCUUUUGAAGGAAUGGCUGCUGAGUUAGUGAAUUUUUUCACGAAUCUUAUUGGCUCUACUGAUCCUUUGGUAAAGGGUUGCUCUACUGAGAUUUUGAAGGAUUUAUUGGGGUACUCUCUGCCUAAGGGAGCAGACUUUGCUCUUACCAAGGAGGCUGCUUGGGAAAUUGUUGGUAAUGACUUUAUUUCUACUGUGAGACACUUUUUUCAUACUUCUUGCUUGCUGCCUGCUUUCAAUUCUACAGCUUUGGUGUUGAUUCCUAAGUCUUUUAAUGCUUGUUUGGCAAAAGAUUUUAGACCCAUAUCUUGUUGUUCAGUGGUCUACAAAACUAUAACAAGGAUCCUUGUUAACAAACUUAUUCCUUUCUUCCCUGGAAUGAUCUCCCUCAAUCAGACAGCUUUUGUUAAGGGUAGGAAUAUAGUGGAUAACACCCUUUUAGCACAGGAAGUGAUUAAGGGUUACUCCAGGAAGAGCUUAUCUCCUAGAUGUGCUAUCAAAAUAGAUCUUCAGAAGGCUUUUGACUCUGUCAAUUGGGAUUUUUUGCUGUAUGUUCUUGGAGCCAUGAGACUUCCUGACAAAUUCUGCAAUUGGAUUAGAACUUGCAUUACUACACCCAUGUAUUCUGUUUCAUUGAAUGGCAGCUUGGUGGGAAAGGGCACAGAAAAUGAUAUAACCGAGAAGCUUGGUGUUGGAUUCUCCCACCCCCCUUUGCUACCGUGGUGGUAUGUUCUCUGCAUCUACUUAAGAGCUCAGAUUGUUUCUGUAAUACUACUUCAUUAA